AUGCAGCGCGCCCUCACAAGAGCCUCCGUCUCGUCGCCUUUGGCGACUGCCCGCGUCCGUUCGGCUCAGCAGCUCCGCUUUGCCCACAAGGAGCUGAAGUUCGGUGUUGAGGGCCGGGCUGCCCUCCUCAACGGUGUCGAAACCCUGGCCAAGGCCGUCGCCACCACUCUCGGUCCCAAGGGUCGCAAUGUGCUCAUUGAGUCGACCUUUGGUUCUCCCAAGAUCACCAAGGAUGGUGUCACGGUCGCCAAGGCUAUCUCCCUGAAGGACAAGUUCGAGAACCUCGGUGCCAAGCUCCUGGCUGAGGUUGCUUCCAAGACGAAUGAGGUUGCUGGUGAUGGUACUACCACCGCUACCGUCCUGGCCCGUGCCAUCUUCUCCGAGAUGGUCAAGAACGUGGCCGCCGGCUGCAACCCCAUGGACCUGCGCCGCGGUAUCCAGGCCGCCGUCGAUGCUGUCGUCGAGUACCUGCAGCAGAACAAGCGCGAUAUCACCACGAGCGCUGAGAUCGCCCAGGUUGCCACCAUCAGCGCCAACGGCGACCAGCACAUCGGCAAGCUGAUCGCCAGCGCUAUGGAGAAGGUCGGAAAGGAGGGUGUCAUCACCGUCAAGGAGGGCAAGACCUUGCAGGACGAGCUCGAGGUUACCGAGGGCAUGCGCUUCGACCGCGGCUUCGUCUCGCCCUACUUCAUCACCGACGCCAAGGCCCAGAAGGUCGAGUUCGAGAAGCCCUUGAUUUUGCUCUCUGAGCAGAAGAUCUCGGCCGCCACCGAUAUUAUCCCGGCCCUCGAGAUCUCCCACAAGAUGCGCCGCCCUCUCGUCAUCAUUGCCGAGGACAUUGACGGCGAGGCCCUUGCUGUCUGCAUCCUGAACAAGCUGCGUGGCCAGCUCGAGGUUGCCGCCGUUAAGGCCCCUGGCUUCGGUGACAACCGCAAGUCGAUCCUGGGCGAUAUUGCCGUCCUGACCAACGGCACCGUCUUCACCAACGAGCUCGACGUCAAGCUCGAGAAGGUCACCCCUGACAUGCUCGGCUCGACCGGCUCCAUCACCAUCACCAAGGAGGACACUAUCAUCCUCAACGGUGACGGUAGCAAGGACGCCAUUGCCCAGCGCUGCGAGCAGAUCCGCGGCGCCAUGAACGACCCCAGCACCUCAGAAUAUGAGAAGGAGAAGCUCCAGGAGCGUCUGGCCAAGCUUUCUGGUGGUGUCGCUGUCAUCAAGGUCGGCGGUUCCUCGGAGGUCGAGGUCGGCGAGAAGAAGGACCGCUUCGUCGAUGCCCUUAACGCCACUCGCGCUGCCGUUGAGGAGGGUAUCCUGCCCGGCGGUGGCACUGCCCUGAUCAAGGCCUCGGUCAACGCGCUUAACAACCUCAAGCCGGCCAACUUCGACCAGCAGCUCGGCGUCAACAUCAUCAAGAACGCCAUUACCCGCCCGGCCCGCAUGAUCGUGGAGAACGCCGGCCUCGAGGGUUCCGUUGUCAUCGGCAAGAUCAGCGACGAGUAUGCUGCUGACUUCAACAAGGGCUUCAACAGCGCCACCGGCGAGUACGUCGACAUGAUUCAGGCUGGCAUCCUUGAUCCCCUCAAGGUCGUCCGCACUGGUCUGAUUGACGCCAGCGGUGUCGCCUCCCUGCUCGGUACCACCGAGGUGGCCAUCGUCGAGGCUCCCGAGGAGAAGGGCCCUGCUGGCGGCAUGGGCGGCAUGGGUGGCAUGGGCGGCAUGAUGUAA